UGUUAGAGUUAAAAAAAAGAAACUUCCUAGUAUAGACGGUAUCAGUAUAUUAAAAAACAGUAUUGAACGGAACUUAAAAACAAUUGACGCAGAGGAAGUCACUUCAUGAAAACUGAUGAAUCAGCCAAACUGAGCAAGCUUGAUCAUUAAUGUAUUCAGUAAUGAAAGCUAUGUCGUAUUCUCAGUACGUUUUGUACGCGAAUAUUAUCCUAGCCUAUUUGACAAAUUGUUCCAGAGGAUAUUGCAGUAUUGAAAAUCUGUAUCUAAACAAUACUAAAGGAUAUAUAUCAACACCACCUCAUCAAAAUCGCGAGAACGAAAAUUGCUUGUGGGAAUUUUCCGACGCGUCGACAUCCAGAGGAGAUGCAAUCAUCUUGAAAAUAGAUGUAAUGAAUUUAGUUACAAAACACAGCGAUGAAUACUGGUGGUAUAGCGUACGACUGAGCUUAAAUGGUCAAAAUAUAUGUGACUUUCAGCCAGGUGUUUGCUUCAUAUUUAAACCUGACAAAGUUGAUUGUGGAAUCCCUCAAAAUGCCACAUCCACAUGUACACACAAGAUUUGGUUCACUGAAAAAGACGCGUAUCCUCCAAAAGUUCUGUUUGAAAGCGACAAUGAUGAUUACAAAAAACAUCACAAAUUUAAAAUAAAAUACAGCUACGUUGCUUGUGAUAAUGACCCAGUAUCCACAAACAAUGCCGCAUUUAUAAGCUCAACGCAGAAACCCGAUCAAGCUACCAGAGGUACAUCUCAAUUUUCACAUAACACAGCCGCUACCGUUACUCUUGGACGUACUACAAAGUGGGUGAACUAUGUCGCAUCUUCAACAACAAAUAGCGAUGGAGCAAUAGCAACUGGCGUUUACGAAAACAGUAAAGGACUAACAACUGAAAGCACUGUCGUCAUUAUUCUUGGGAUCUUAUCCGGGAUUUUAGCGAUUAUAGCGGUACUUUUGGCUAUAAGGCUCCAUACAACACAACAGAAGUUGAAGAAAAGCAAAACCAUUGAUUUGAACGACAUAUCAAAUAACGAUUCUCCAGUAGAAGAAAUCAACGAUAUUCCUAUCUACAGCGAGGUCAACAAACAAAAGAAAAAUAAACCUGUUGUUUCAGACGAGAAAUUAGUUGUAGAUAAUGAAUUAUAUAAUGCGUUAUAGAUAAGAAGGAGAUAGGAUUAUGUUUUUUGUAGUAAACUGGCGUUAAUCGAAAAUACUGUUUAACUAACCUGGCCUAUUUUAGCACAGCAUUUCUAAUUCAAUAAAAGAGGAAUUGGUGAAUAUUAAAAAUGUUGUUUAUCAAAAAGCCUAUUUGUCACUGUAAAACUAUACAAGCUUGCAGGCUAUUACUAAUUUUGGAGUUUCAUUUGUUUUAUCAUAUCUUUCUGAGUGUCAUAAAAAAAAUUUCUUGUUGAAACACUAACUAUAGGAAACUAUUUUUAUGAUAUUAUGCCAGAAAAACGAUCUUUC